UGCAACAGCUGGAUCUCCUCCCAGCACUCUCUCAGCACACAGGAGGAGGAUGUGAGCAAACGCCAGGUUCACUUCAGGCUGAGAGACAAUAAUCUGAAAAGCCGGAGUAUGGGGGUCUUUACAGGAAACCCUAUCAUCACCAUAACGCUACUUUGCUGUAUGAUGGUUGAUGCCCGUAGGAACAUACGGACUAAUGUCUGCAAGUGGUGUGACAGUUCCCAACCAGUGUGUGAUGGGGGCAUUUGCCUCACUAACUGCUCUCUGAGCUCUUACUGUGAGGAUCCUGAGGAAAUUUGUGUCUCUAUCUGGAAGCAAGAUAAUUACAGUGUGAAGGUCAGCUCUCUUUGUCACCAUCCACAACUGCUGGUAGAGAGCAUCCAGGUGACCAGCUUCAACUCAAGCAUGUGUCUAAUGAAGGCAGUUCCCUCUGAAACCUUUCAGCUGUACGUCUGUGGUUGCAUUCAUGAGCCCGAGUGCAAUGACAAACUCAUCUUCCACAACCAAACCAACGAAUAUUCCAUCCUUCAGAGCAGAGAGGUCAUUCCCAUUGCUGCAAUUAGCCUUCUCCCUCCUCUCCUGGUGGCUAUAACUAUAACUGUUGUAUUUUACUUGUACCGCACCCAAAGUUUUAUUUUAAGAUCCAAAGACUGGCUGAAAAAAACAAAUCACAAUACUGAAAUGGUGCUAGAAACUAGUAGAGGUGAUGAUUAUAACUACAAACUGUCUUCUGUUAUGAUCACUGACCCUCAUCCCAAUAUGAGUUCUGCAUGCGCCAACACCAUCAACCAUAACACAGAACUUCUUCCUAUUGAGUUGGAUCAACGUGUUGGGAAAGGGCGGUUUGCUGAGGUCUGGAGGGCAAAGCUAAAACAUGCCACAUCUGGCCAGUAUGAGGUUGUGGCAGUAAAGAUAUUCCCUUGCCAAGAAUAUUCCUCCUGGGUGAAUGAGAGUCAGAUCUAUGCUGAUGACAACCUGAAACAUGACAAUGUGUUACAGUUCAUAACAGCAGAAGACCGUGGGAGCAAUAUGCAGAAGGAAUAUUGGAUAAUCACUGCCUAUCAAUUUAGGGGCAAUCUCAAGGACUAUCUGUCCAACCAUAUGUUGAGUUGGACAACUUUUUUAAAGAUGGCAGGCUCUGUUGUGAGUGGUGUGGCUCACCUGCAUAGUGACUUUACCCCCUAUGGAACUCCAAAGAUUCCUAUAGCUCAUAGAGACAUAAAAAGCACCAACAUACUUGUUAAAAACAACUAUGAGUGUGUACUGUGUGACUUUGGGAUUGCUUUACGACUGGAUCCUUCACUUACUGCAGAUGACUUUGCUAACAGUGGGCAGGUUGGCACAGCCAGGUAUAUGGCCCCUGAAGUUCUGGAAUCAAGAGUGAACCUAGAAGACCUGGAAUCUUUUAAACAAAUGGAUGUGUACUCAUUAGCUUUAGUUUUGUGGGAAUUGGGCUCCAGGUGUGAGGCUUCUGGAGAGGUGAGGAGCUAUGAGCUACCCUUUGGAUCCAUGGUGCGAGAACAACCAUGUGUGGAGACUAUGAGGAACGUGGUAUUACAUGGACGGGGAAGGCCAGACAUACCGCAGGGCUGGAUUAGGCAUCCGGGUCUGGAGAUUCUUUCUGAUACUAUCACAGAUUGCUGGGACCAUGAUCCUGAAGCCCGGCUCACUGCACACUGCGUAGCAGAACGCAUUAACCUCAUGUCACAGCUUGAUUGGGCCAACAACAACAUUAGAACUGUAGACUGAAGCAGUGACAGCCCCACUAAUAUGGUUGUAUUUUGGUGAUGCAGUCACUGUCUAAUCUAGUGUGGUCCCACAUCUAAUGCAGCAGUACAUUGUAUGCAAAUCUCAUGACCUGAUGCAGAACUAACCUUCAUUACCAUCCUGUACUUCAGAUAUGUCAAAUUAAUAUGAAUCGGAUCAACACCAAUGUCUCAUCAAAUAAACUUAAAUUUAACAGAAAA